AUGAGCGCACGAAACCGACGUGAUUUGGAAAAUCAACAGCUGUCACAAUUGGCCGAAAGUUUGCCAUUGGCUAGUGCUAUUACGGCCCAG